AUGGAAACUCGAACAAAAAUUCAUGCUGAUUUAAAUGGCAAAUCUUUUGAUCAAAAGAAAUAUCGCAGUAUGAUAGGGUCACUCAUGUAUUUGACUGCCAGUCGCCCGGAUAUUAUGUUUUCCACAUGUAUGUGUGCAAGGUACCAGGCCAAUCCCAAAGAAAGUCAUUUUCAGGCUGUCAAACAGAUUUGCCGUUACCUUAAAGGCACAGUGAACCUUGGUUUGUGGUAUCCAAAGGAUACCGGCUUUCAAUUAGUUGCAUACUCAGAUGCUGGCCGUGCAGGUUGUAAGUUGGAUAAGAAGAGCACUUUGGGAAGUGUACAGUUUUUAGGGGAUAGUUUGACAGAAUUCCCAUCUACUGUGAUCCCAAGAGUGCCAUUGCUAUAUCCUGCAAUCCAGUACAAUAUACUAAAACAAAGCAUAUAG